UAUCCUUUAUCUGUCAGUCAAACAAGUCCGCGUUUCGUAGCGGAGGGUUUCUUGCCGCUUUCGCGUGUUUAAUAAAAUAAUUUCUAAAUGUGCUCGUAAAUAGAUGAAAUAUUAAUUUUGUGUGAAUUAAUUUGUUUUCAACAUGUUGGUUCUGUUCGAAACCCCGGCGGGCUACGCUAUUUUUAAGUUGUUGGACGAGUCCAAGUUGUCAGAAAUCAAUGAUUUGUACCAGGAAUUCAACACUCCUGAGGGAGCAUCAGCAGUUGUCAAACUAAAGAACUUUAUCAAGUUCGAAGACACAACAGAGGCUCUAGCUGCCACUACAGCCGCCAUUGAGGGCAAAAUAUCAAAGCCGUUAAAGAAAGCCUUAAAGAAAUAUGUCUCCAAGGAUAUCCAAGAUCAGUUAUUGGUCGGAGAUGCAAAACUAGGCAGUGCUAUUAAGGAGAAGUUUGAUUUACAAUGUGUUGCCAACUCAAACGUCCAAGAAUUGCUGAGAUGCAUUCGCUCCCAGAUGGACAGUCUGCUCGCCGGGCUGCCAAAGAAGGAAAUGACAGCUAUGGCGCUCGGUUUAGCCCAUUCCUUAUCCCGAUACAAGCUUAAGUUCUCCCCCGACAAGAUUGACACCAUGAUAGUGCAGGCCCAGUGCCUCCUCGAUGACCUUGACAAGGAACUCAAUAACUACAUCAUGAGAUGCCGUGAAUGGUACGGCUGGCAUUUCCCCGAGCUAGGAAAAAUCAUCACAGACAACACACUCUUUGUCAAAAUUGUCAAACUUAUCGGCACCCGUGAUAAUGCUUCUAAAACUGAUCUGUCAGAUAUCUUACCUGAGGAUUUGGAAGAGAAGGUGAAAGAGGCUGCCGAGAUUUCCAUGGGCACAGAAAUUUCUGAUGAUGACAUUUUGAAUAUCCAGAAUCUAUGCGAUGAGAUUAUUGCUAUCACUGACUAUAGAACACAUCUGACAGAUUACUUGAAAGCCCGUAUGAUGGCCAUGGCCCCAAACUUAACAGUUUUAAUCGGAGAGCAUAUUGGAGCGCGCCUCAUCGCUCAUGCAGGCUCAUUAAUGAACCUGGCCAAGCAGCCGGCUUCAACGGUACAGAUCUUUGGUGCCGAAAAGGCCUUAUUCAGAGCUUUAAAGACUAAGAAAGACACUCCGAAAUACGGUUUAAUUUACCACGCUCAGCUAGUUGGUCAAUGUAGUACUAAGAACAAGGGAAAGAUGUCUCGCAUGCUGGCAGCGAAGGCAGCUCUAGCGACCAGAAUGGAUGCGUUCGGAGAAGAUGUGUCGUUUGAGCUAGGGGCGGGGCAUAAGGUGAAGUUGGAGAAUAGGCUGCGGUUGUUGGAAGAGGGCAACUUGAGAAGAAUCAGCGGGACAGGCAAAGCCAAGGCCAAGUUUGAGAAAUAUCACAGCAAAUCUGAGGUGUUCGAAUACCCGGUGGCGGCGGAUAGCACCCUGGGAAGGAAGCCGGUGAAGCGGGAACACUCUCCGGAGCCGGAGACCUCCACCAAGAAGAUCAGGCUAGAGGAUGGUGCCAACGACGUCACACCAAAGAAGAUCAAGAAAGAGAAAAUCAAAGAUGAUCCCACCGAAGAGUCAGCCGAGCCCACCUCGGAGAAGAAAAAAAAAAAAAAGAAAUCCCUAGACGCCUCUCAGGCCGACACCACCGUGGACGAUGAGGUGGACGCUCCCACACCCAAGAGUGACAAGAAAAAAAAAAAGAACAAGAGUAUCGCAGAGGAAUAG